AUGGCAAAUGACAGACCGUUAGCUGCGCAUGAAAUUUUAGAUGCUUUAGAAAAUGUUUCUGAUAAUGAAGAAGAUUAUAGAGAACGACUGAUAUGUAUUCUACCUCCUCCUGUUGAUCCUGACUGUCUCACUGACGAAGAUUCGGGUGAAGAAGAUAAUGUAACUUUGAAUAAUUUGCCACGAAACAUUCUGCUUCAACCGGCUGAAGUAAUGAUUCAAGGGCAGAUUAUGGUGAGUGAUACAAAAGAAGAACCUUCUGAUUCUACAGGUCGAACUAAACGUAGGCGUACCUACGCAUGGAGAAAACGGGACUUGGCAAAAAAUCCCGUGAAUUGGCCAGAUGUUCAAGGCGCUUGCCAAGAUAAGCGCCCAAUUGAGUGGUUUGAAAACUUCUUAGAUGAAGAUGUUAUUUCGUUGUUGGUGUCAGAGAGCAAUAAAUAUGCUGUCAAAAAGAAUUUGCCUGGAGACAUAACCACUGAAGAUAUGAAAUGUUUCAUCGGCAUAUUGUUGGUUAGUGGUUAUUCAUGGCUCCCCCGUAGAAGAAUGUAUUGGGAAAACUCCCCUGAUACAAAGAAUGAAUUGAUCAGCUCGGCUAUAACUAGGGAUAGAUUUGACUUUAUUUUUCGCCACCUUCAUGUCAAUGAUAAUCUGGAUUUGCAAGACAAAUACACAAAAGUACGCCCCCUAGUUACACUUCUAAAUAAAAAGUUUUUAGAGUUUUCUCCUCUUGAAGAGCAUUACAGUGUAGAUGAGGCCAUGAUCCCCUACUAUGGUAGACAUGGCUGCAAACAGCACAUAAAAGGUAAACCUAUUAGGUACGAGUUCAAAGCUUGGGUUGGUGCUACACGGUUAGGAACGACACAUGACAACACGUUCAUUAUUGCUAAAUGGCAUGACAAUAAUAUAUUCAGUAUUGCUUCUAAUGCUGUAGGAAUAAAUCCUAAACAAUCUGCCAAACGCUUCUCACAAAGUGAAAAGAGAAACAUUGUCAUAGAAGAACCACAUAUGGUGUCCAUCUAUAACAAAUAUAUGGGAGGAGUGGAUCGGUCUGAUGAAAAUAUUUCACAUUACCGAAUUGGUAUACGAGGUUAUAUUUUGUUUAGCAGCAACACUAAAGUCGAUCAUGCCGCCCCCGUCACCGGAACAGAUAAGUUUGUCGCACUGAAAACCAAGAACGACCACCACCAGCAGCCAAACUGCGGUUACAAACCCGGCUGCCGAACGUCACAAACACUUGAACCCCAACCCGCCACAGGAACGACCCCGGUCCUUGAGUCUAUGGAGAAGCAAAAGACAAAUAACAGCCGAUAUAAUGAAUACAUUUUUAACACCUUGUAA